UCCCCGUCACAGCACCUCACGACGCUCUUGGCCUCCUCGGACAUGCAGGUGGUGCUGGCCGUGCUCAACCUGCUCUAUGUCUUCAGCAAGCGCUCCAACUACAUCACCCGCUUGGGCUCCGACAAGAGGAGCCCCCUCUUAUCCCGCCUCCAGCACUUGGCUGAGAGUUGGGGAGGAAAAGAGAACGGAUUUGGUUUGGCUGAGUGCUGCCGGGACCUGCACAUGAUGAAGUACCCCCCCAGUGCCACCACCCUUCACUUUGAGUUCUACGCCGAGCCGGGCGUCGAGGUGAAGGUGGACAAGAGGGCCACCAGCACCACCCUACACUACAUCCACAUCGAGCAACUGGACAAGAUUUCAGAGAGCCCCUCAGAGAUCAUGGAGUCCCUCACUAAGAUGUACAGCAUCCCCAAAGACAAGCAGAUGCUUCUGUUCACCCACAUCCGCCUGGCCCAUGGCUUUUCCAACCACAAGAAGCGGCUCCAAGCGGUGCAAGCCCGGCUCCACGCCAUCUCCAUACUGGUGUACUCCAAUGCCCUACAGGAGUCAGCCAACAGCAUCCUCUACAACGGCCUCAUCGAGGAGCUGGUGGACGUGCUCCAAAUCACUGACAAACAACUUAUGGACAUUAAAGCAGCUUCCUUACGGACCCUCACCUCUAUCGUCCAUCUGGAGCGCACCCCAAAGCUGAGCAGCAUCAUUGACUGCACCGGUACCGCUUCCUACCACGGCUUCCUCCCCGUCCUGGUCCGCAACUGCAUCCAAGCCAUGAUUGACCCCUCCAUGGAGCCCUAUCCCCACCAGUUCGCCACCGCGCUCUUCUCCUUCCUCUACCACUUGGCCAGCUACGACGCCGGCGGCGAGGCCUUGGUCUCCUGUGGGAUGAUGGAAGCGCUGCUAAAGGUGAUCAAGUUCUUGGGGGACGAGCAGGACCAGAUCACCUUCGUCACCAGAGCCGUGCGGGUGGUGGAUCUCAUCACCAACCUGGACAUGGCAGCCUUCCAGUCCCACAGCGGCCUCUCCAUCUUCAUCUACCGCCUCGAGCAUGAGGUGGAUUUGUGCCGCUGCGAGUGCCCCUUCGUCAUCAAGCCCAAGGUGCAGCGUCCCCCUGCUGCCACCCUCCCCGAGGGCGAGGAGAUGGAGACGGACAUGGAAGUGACCGAUGUGGCCAUGGAGGGGAGCCCCGGUCCCUCGGCUGAAGCCCGCCAGGAGCCAGCCCCAUCCUCAAGCACCGCUGCUGUGCCCAGCACCAGCACUGCCACCACCUCCUCGCCACGGGGAGGAGUCCAGUGCAUCCCUCAACGCGCCGCCCUGCUCAAAUCCAUGCUGAACUUCCUUAAGAAAGCCAUCCAAGAUCCUGCUUUCUCCGAUGGUAUCCGUCAUGUGAUGGACGGCUCGCUGCCCACCUCCCUGAAGCACAUCAUCAGCAACGCCGAGUAUUACGGCCCCUCGCUCUUCCUCCUGGCGACCGAGGUGGUGACGGUGUUCGUGUUCCAGGAGCCUUCGCUGCUCUCUUCCCUGCAGGACAAUGGCCUCACUGAUGUCAUGCUCCAUGCCCUCCUCAUCAAGGAUGUCCCGGCCACUCGGGAGGUGCUGGGCUCCUUGCCCAACGUCUUCAGUGCCCUUUGCCUCAAUGCCCGUGGGCUCCAGUCCUUUGUGCAGUGCCAGCCCUUUGAGAGGCUCUUCAAGGUGCUGCUGUCCCCUGACUACCUCCCAGCCAUGCGGCGACGGCGCAGCUCCGACCCCUUGGGAGACACAGCCUCCAACCUGGGCAGCGCUGUGGACGAGCUGAUGCGGCACCAACCCACCCUCAAGACUGAUGCCACCACUGCCAUCAUCAAGCUCCUAGAGGAGAUUUGCAGCCUGGGCCGGGACCCCAAAUACAUUUGCCAGAAGCCCUCGAUGCAGAAAGCGGAUGGGACAGCAGCGGCCCCCCCCCCUCGCUCCCCCCAUGCUGCAGAGGAAGCCUCCAGUGAGGAUGAGGAGGAAGAGGAAGUUCAGGCCAUGCAGAGCUUCAGUGCUACCCAGCAGAGCGAGGCCGAGCCCAGCCAGCAGGUGGUGGGCACCGAGGAGCGAAUCCCUAUUCCCUUGAUGGAUUAUAUCCUCAAUGUGAUGAAGUUCGUGGAAUCCAUCCUCAGCAACAACACCACCGAUGACCACUGCCAGGAGUUCGUGGCCCAGCGGGGGCUCCGGCCCCUCGUCACCAUCCUGGGCCUUCCCAACCUGCCCGUGGACUUCCCCACAUCCGCAGCCUGCCAGGCCGUGGCGGGGGUCUGCAAAUCCAUCCUGACCCUGUCCCACGAGCCCAAGGUGCUGCAGGAGGGGCUGCUGCAGCUCGAGGCCGUGCUCUCAGCCCUGGAGCCCCUGCACCGGCCCAUCGAGGCCCCGGGGGGUUCGGUGCUGCUGCGGGAGCUGGCGGGGGCCGGCAGCGUCCCCGAUGCCACCCUCUCGGCUCAGGCCACCCCCUUGCUCCACGCCCUCACCGCAGCCCAUGCCUACAUCAUGAUGUUCGUGCACACGUGCCGCGUGGGGCAGAGUGAGAUCCGGGCCAUCUCCGUGAACCAAUGGGGCUCCCAGUUGGGGUUGAGUGUUCUGGGCAAGCUGAGUCAGCUUUACUGCUCCUUGGUGUGGGAGAGCACGGUGCUGCUCUCCCUCUGCACCCCAAAUAGCCUCCCCCCAGGCUGUGAGUUCGGGCAGGCCGACAUGCAGAAACUGGUACCCAAGGAGGAGAAGGCGGCCCCCAGCCCCCCCCAGGGGGGGAAGAGGGCAGAGGGUGAAGCAGAGACCCCGGUGCCGGGGGGCUCUGGGGGUGCUGGGGACCCCCCCCCAUCUCAGGGCCUAUUGGAAGGGAUGGGGCUGGAGAGUGAGGCUCUGGCCCCUAUGGAGACGGACGAGCCCAGUGCCACCGACCCCAAAGCCAAGGCCAAGAUCACCCCAGCCAUGGCAGCUCGCAUCAAGCAGAUCAAGCCCCUGCUCUCUGCCUCCUCGCGCCUGGGCCGGGCCCUGGCCGAGCUCUUUGGGCUCCUGGUGAAGCUCUGCGUGGGCUCCCCCGUGCGCCAGCGCCGCAGCCACCACGCGGCCGCCGCCGCCCCCGCCCCGACCCCCGCGGCCCGAGCCACGGCCUCGGCCCUCACCAAGCUCCUGACCAAGGGGCUGAGCUGGCAGCCCCCCCCCUACACCCCCACCCCGCGCUUCCGCCUGACCUUCUUCAUCUGCUCCGUGGGCUUCACCUCUCCCAUGCUCUUCGACGAGCGCAAGUUCCCCUAUCACCUCAUGCUGCAGAAGUUCCUGUGCUCGGGGGGCCACAACGCCCUCUUCGAGACCUUCAACUGGGCCCUGUCCAUGGGGGGCAAAGUACCGGUAGCGGAAGGCUUGGAGCAUCCCGACCUCCCCGAUGGCACUGGGGAGUUCCUGGACGCGUGGUUGAUGCUGGUGGAGAAGAUGGUGAACCCCAGCACGGUGCUGGAGUCCCCCCAUGCGCUGCCAGCCAAGGCCCCCACCCACGGCACCCCCCAUUUCAGUGCCCUGCGCUUCCUGGUCGUCACCCAGAAGGCCGCCUUCACGUGCAUCAAGCAGCUCUGGAACCGGCGCCCGCUCAAGGUGUACGGGGGCCGCAUGGCCGAGUCCAUGCUGGCCAUCCUGUGCCACAUCCUGCGUGGGGAGCCCCUCAUCCGGGAGCGCCUGGGCCGCGAGCGAGAGGGGCCCCGCGCCGAGGAGGAGCCGGGCACCGAGGAGGGGGGACCCCGCAGGGAGCCCCAGGUCAACCAACAGCAGCUGCAGCAGCUGAUGGACAUGGGGUUCUCCCGGGAGCACGCUAUGGAAGCCUUGCUCAACACCAACACCAUGGAGCAAGCCACCGAGUACCUCCUCACCCACCCUCCUCCCCUUAUGGGGGGGGUCGUACGGGACCUGAGCAUGUCAGAGGAGGACCAGAUGAUGCGCGCCAUCGCCAUGUCCCUGGGCCAGGACAUCCCCAUGGACCAGCGGGCAGAGUCCCCAGAGGAAGCCGCGUGCCGCAAGGAGGAGGAGGAGCGCCGCGCCCGCGAGCGCCAGGAGGAGGAGGAAGCCAAGAGCCUGGAGAAGUUCGAGGGGGCCGAGCCCUUGGAAGCCGCCGAGCUCUUGGCCUUCACCGACUCCAUGCUCCCGGGGUGCUCGCAGCUCCUGGACGAGCUCCCCGACACCGUGUACCGCGUCUGCGACCUCAUCAUGACCGCCAUCAAGCGCAACGGGGCCGCCUACCGCGACUCCGUGCUCAAGCAGGUGGUGAAGCAGGUGUGGGAAGCAGCCGAUGUCCUCAUCAAGGCAGCCUUGCCCCUCACCACCAGCGACACCAAAACCGUGUCCGAAUGGAUCAGCCAAAUGGCAACGUUGCCCCAAGCGUCCAACUUGGCCACGCGCAUCCUUCUGCUCACCCUGCUCUUCGAGGAGCUGAAGCUGCCCUGUGCUCGGGUGGUGGAAUCGAGCUGCGUCCUGGAUGUCCUCAUCAAGCUGCUGGAAGUGGUGCAGCCCUGCCUGCAGGCUGCCAAGGAGCACAAGGAGGUGCAGACCCCCAAGUGGAUCACCCCCGUCCUGCUGCUCAUUGACUUCUAUGAGAAGACGGCCGUGUCCUCCAAGAGGAGGGCUCAGAUGAACAAGUACCUGCAGGCGAGCGGCAACAACUGGCGCUGGUUCGACGACCGCUCCGGGCGCUGGUGCAGUUACAGCGCCAGCAACAACAGCACCAUCGACGCCGCCUGGCGCGCCGGGGAGCCCAGCGUGCGCUUCACCGCCGGCCGGCGCCGCUACACCGUGCAGUUCACCACCAUGGUGCAGGUGAACGAGGAGACAGGCAACAGGCGGCCGGUGAUGCUGACGCUGCUGCGCACCCCCCGCAAGGCCGGGAAGGAUGGGGGGGACCCGGAGAGGGCCCCCGAGGAGAACCGGGAUGCGGAGGGAAGGGGCAAAGAGGAACCCCCUG